UCCCCUUUGACCCCUUUCACAAAUGUUUAUACCUUUGCACAUCAGCUCAAGAUAAACGAAAACCAAACAAUAAGAGGAGAGAUAUCUUAAUUUAAAGCAAGUCUAACAACUUUUCGAACUGACCAAAGAGUCAUGGAAACACAUUCGAGACAAAAAUAUUAGAUUUAUUUAACUUAUCGCAAAUCAUUUAUAAACCUCGAAAAGUUCAUAAGCAGUAGCGAAUUCCAGAAAAAAAAAGAUCAAAAAUUCCAGAUAAGAAAUAGACAAAAAAUUCUGAUUUGCGAAUUCCAGAAAAAAAAAUAGAUAAAAAACAAUGACUACGCGACUCUUUACUGCUAUACUUUUUCUAGCUCAACACACUUCUACCCAAAUAAUAGUUCAAGGGCCAGACAAAUGCUCAUACGACAUCAAACUGCAGGAUAGCUUCACUAUACGAAACGAGAGGUUCCACUCCAUUCACAUGUGUAGUAAUGGUUACAUAACAUUUGGUAGUGACGCGCCUGAAGUUCUGAUGGAGCCUGACCAAUUUGACAAACUGAAUGCAUCGACGAUUCUGUCUCCCGCAUUGAUUAGACAGCCUGAAACCCUUUCACCAGUCCACUCUGUUAACGUCACUUACGAAGAACUAACAUUCGAAACUGUUCAAAACCUGAGCAAAACUUGGAUCGGCGACCCCAAAUACGUCAAGGAUGACUACUUCAGACCCCGGUGGGGUUUCUCAGUUUUCUGGAAGGGACCUCAAAAUGAGUUUGGAAUCUACAUUCUUCAAGAUAGGAAGCUAAGGACUAUCCAGGGACCUCUUGAGAAGACAUUGAUUAUCUAUGAUUACCGCAGGUUGGAUCUUACUGUGGAUACAGCGACUGGACAAGAAAUGAGAUCUGGUAUCAACAGUCCCAAUAACACCAUCAAGUGGACCCCAGUUGGGUCCAGUUCCGACCUGGGAGGGUACCUGAGCAGCUGGGGCAGAUACGAGGAGGGACUGUAUGGCAUGUGGAUGUACCAACUCAACCCAAGAGUGUAUGGGCCAGUGCUUGAGGGUUACUUCGAGUCAGAUUGCAACAAAAGGAACUGCACUUUGACUGCAGAGCAGAAACAGUGGAUCAAGUAUAACAAGAGAAAGUAUCCCAAUCUGGAAACAGUCGACUUCGGGUUUAACAAUGGAAACUUGACAUACACCAAUGCUAAAAUAUCCCAAGAGAUAUAUCUGCACCAGCUCAGAUGUUGUGACCUCAAAGAAACCGAAAUGCAGUACUACUAACUAGGAAAGAUCUUCGUUGAUACACUAUAAAGACUAUCUAAAACUGUUUCCAAACUAUUUUCGGCUCUUUUCUACUACCCACCCCCACAUUUGAGUUUCACUUUUGAAACACUAAAUAAGCGUUGAAAUAACCAUC